AUGGGACAAACUAUCACCACCCCCAAAAGUUUAACUUUGCAGCACUUCAAGGAAGUCCGUGACAUCGCCCACAAUCUCUCGGUGGAAGUGCGGAAAGGAAAGUGGGACAUCUUCUGCUCAUCUGAAUGGCCCACCUUUGACGUGGGCUGGCCACGAGAUGGCACCUUUAACCUAGAUAUUAUUUUGCAGGUGAAGGCCAAAGUCAUGAAUCCUGGGCCCCAUGGGCAUCCAGACCAAGUCCCUUAUAUCAUCACGUGGGAAUCUCUGGUCAAGGACCCCCCACCGUGGGUGAAGCCCUUCUUGCCUCCCCCUUGCCCAAAACCCAUUCAUUCUGCCCCCCCUCUCCCGCCUCCAUUAGUUCCUACCCCAGUUAACUCCACCCUUUACCCAGUCCUUACGAAACCUACUCCAGAAAAGGACCCUAGCCACAAGAAGACACCCCCGGUCCUGCCGGCGGAUGAUGGCCCCCUACUGGACCUGAUGACCGAACAACCCCCUCCUUACAGGGGCCCAAACCCGGCACAGGAACCAGGGGAGGCAACCGCCAGAGGGGGACCCCAGGGAGAGCCCCCCUCGUCCCCGGUGGCGGGACGCUUAAGGGGAAGACGAGAAGUCACUCCCGAUUCCACAUCCCAGGCCCUACCGCUACGGAUGGGGCCUGACAGCCAGCUCCAAUAUUGGCCCUUUUCUGCGUCUGAUUUAUAUAAUUGGAAAAAUAAUAACCCUGCUUUUUCGAAGGAUCCCUCUAGGCUCACUGCAUUGAUCGAGUCUAUUUUAGUGACUCACCAGCCCACCUGGGAUGAUUGCCAACAGCUGCUCCAGACGCUGCUGACCACUGAGGAAAAGCAGCGGGUUGUCAUAGAGGCACGUAAAAAUGUUCCAGGAGACGAUGGACAACCCACCCAGCUGCCACACAGAAUAGAUGCGGCUUUUCCCUUGGAGCGACCGGAUUGGGACUUCUCCACUGAGCGCGGUAGGGAACGCCUACGUCAAUAUCGCCAGUUGCUCAUGGCGGGUCUCCGUGGGGCCGCAAAGCGCCCAACUAAUUUGGCCCAGGUUAAAUUAGUGACUCAAAAUUCUGAAGAAUCUCCCUCUGCCUUCCUAGAACGCCUCAAGGAGGCAUAUCGUGUGUAUACUCCCUACGAUCCAGAUAGUCCGGAUCAGGCAACUAACUUAGCCAUGUCUUUCAUUUGGCAGUCAGCCCCAGAUAUUAGACGGAAGUUAGAAAGACUUGACAAUUUAAGAGAGAAUACAGUGCAGGAUUUGCUGAAGGAGGCAGAGCGGAUUUAUAACAAGAGAGAGACACAGGAAGAAAGGGACGAAAGGCUGAAGAGAGAGGCAGAAGAAAGGGAGAAUGACAGGGAGCGGAAGAGAAAUAAAGAGUUUAGCAGGUUGUUGGCCACUGUAGUGACAGAACAAAGGCAGAGUAGACAGGACCUGGGAGGCCGUAGGGGUCCCCGACUGGACAAGGAUCAAUGCGCCUACUGCAAGGAAAGAGGGCAUUGGGCCCGAGACUGUUCCAAGAAGCCAAAGGGCCACCAAAAGGGACCUCAAAGACCCAAGCCUCAGACCAAUUUGCUCAAUCUGGAAGACUAGGGGUGUCGGGGUCAGGAGCCUCCCCCUGAACCCAGGAUAACUCUUAACGUGGGGGGGCAGCCUGUCACCUUCCUGGUGGACACCGGAGCCCAACAUUCGGUACUCACCACCUCACCGGGACCCCUAACUGACAAAUCAGCAUGGGUUCAAGGAGCAACCGGAGGAAAGAGGUACCGUUGGACUACCGAGAGGAAGGUACAACUCGCCACCGGUAAGGUAACUCACUCCUUUUUGCACGUCCCUGAUUGUCCCUACCCCCUGCUGGGGAGAGACCUACUUAUGAAACUUAGGGCACAAAUCCACUUUGAGGGGACUAAAGCCCAUAUUACCGGGCCGCAGGGACAGCCCUUGCAUGUGCUAACCAUGCACUUACAAGAUGAGUACCGGCUCCACGAGCCUGAGAAACCUGAGUCGCAGGAUGUGACUAGUUGGCUAGAGAAAUUUCCCCUGGCUUGGGCGGAGACUGGAGGAAUGGGUCUCGCCAUUCACCAACCGCCCUUGGUGAUUGCUCUAAAGGCAUCUGCGACUCCUGUCUCUAUCAAACAAUAUCCAAUGUCACAUGAGGCCUACCAGGGAAUCAGACCCCACAUUCAGAGACUUUUAGAUCAGGGCAUAUUGGUACCGUGCCAAUCUCCUUGGAAUACGCCUCUCCUUCCAGUCAAAAAGCCAGGAACAGGAGAUUAUCGCCCAGUACAGGACUUAAGGGAAGUCAACAAAAGAGUGGAGGACAUACACCCCACAGUCCCCAACCCAUACAAUCUGUUGACUGGGCUUCCCCCGAGAUAUGUUUGGUAUACAGUCCUGGACCUCAAGGAUGCUUUCUUCUGUUUGAGGCUCCACCCAAAGAGCCAAUCUCUUUUUGCCUUUGAGUGGAAGGAUCCAGAGCUGGGAAUAUCGGGCCAGCUUACUUGGACAAGAUUACCACAGGGGUUCAAAAACAGCCCCACCCUUUUCGAUGAAGCUCUAAACCGGGACUUGGCUGACUUCAGGGUCCAUCACCCUACCCUAAUUUUACUCCAGUAUGUGGAUGACCUCCUCCUGGCUGCAGAAACUGAGAAAGAAUGUAAGGAGGGAACAGAGGCCCUUUUGAGAACUUUAGAAAUUCUAGGAUACAGGGCCUCAGCCAAAAAGGCCCAGAUUUGCCAAAGACAAGUUACUUAUUUGGGAUACCAGAUCAAAAUUGGGCAAAGGUGGCUGACCGAGGCACGGAAACAGACAAUUUUGGGAAUUCCAGAACCCAAAAAUCCGAGGCAGUUAAGAGAGUUCCUAGGUACGGCGGGGUUUUGCCGCCUCUGGAUCCCGGGGUUUGCAGAGAUGGCCGCACCACUCUACCCCCUUACCAAACAAGGAACUCUCUUCACUUGGGGGGAUGAACAACAGAGGGCCUACGCAUCAAUAAAAGAGGCCCUGCUAACUUCCCCUGCAUUAGGAUUGCCGGAUUUAAACAAGCCCUUUGAGUUGUUCGUGGACGAGAGACAAGGGUAUGCUAGAGGAGUCCUAACUCAAAAACUUGGACCUUGGAGGCGUCCGGUUGCCUACCUGUCUAAGAAACUCGACCCAGUGGCCUUAGGUUGGCCCCCUUGCCUACGGAUGGUGGCUGCGAUCGCCCUCUUGCUCAAGGACUCUGGCAAACUGACUAUGGGGCAGCCAGUAACUAUCCUGGCUCCACAUGCGGUUGAGGCCCUGGUAAAACAACCUCCGGGCCGAUGGCUCUCUAAUGCCCGCAUGACUCAUUACCAGGCUCUGUUACUAGACACUGAGAGAGUGCAAUUUGGUCCUGUGGUAGCCCUCAACCCAGCAACGCUGCUUCCCCUACCAGAAGGUCCAGAAGUUCAUGAUUGUCUCCAGAUACUUACAGAGGUACAUGGCACCCGACCUGACCUAACUGACCAACCCCUUUCGGAGGCCGACUUCACCUGGUUCACCGACGGGAGCAGUUUCCUGGACAACGGAGAGCGGAGAGCAGGGGCUGCGGUCACCACCGAAACUGAGGUAAUAUGGGCCAAGGCCCUACCACCUGGAACCUCAGCUCAACGGGCCGAACUCAUCGCCCUGACCCAAGCCCUCCGAAUGGCGGAAGGUAAGAAGCUAAAUGUCUAUACAGACAGCCGUUAUGCCUUUGCUACUGCUCAUAUCCAUGGAGAAAUAUAUCGAAGAAGGGGACUGCUUACCUCCGAAGGGAAAGAGAUUAAAAAUAAGACGGAGAUAUUGGCCUUGUUAGAGGCUUUGUUCUUACCCUCGAGGCUGAGCAUUAUUCAUUGCCCAGGUCACCAAAAGGGGGACAGCUUGGAAGCCAGGGGCAACCGCUUGGCGGACAUGACAGCCAGGGAAGUAGCGAUGCAAGGAAAUUCAGAGGCUCCCCGCCUCAUGGCCAUAGAUCUGGCCAUGGCAGAGGCCCACUCCGUCCAAAAACCCUCCUUCCAUUUCCAUUAUACUGAGGAAGACCAAAACCUCCUCAAAGGAAUGGGGGCCGCAUACAACCCCACAACAAGACUCUGGACUUUGAACGAGCGACCUGUGUGGCCCCUACAACAGACCCGGGACCUGAUCAAGUAUCUCCAUCAACUGACCCAUCUUAGCUCCAAAAAGAUGAAAACCCUCCUGGACAGAGAGGAAAACGCCCACUAUCUGCUAGGUAAAGAUAAAAUCCUACAAGAAGUAGCUGAAGAAUGCACGGCAUGUGCCCGAGUCAAUGCAAGCCGCAACAAGAUCGGUGCGGGGGUCAGGGUCCGAGGACACCGCCCUGGCACUCAUUGGGAGAUAGACUUCACCGAGGUGAAACCUGGACUCUAUGGGUACCGGUACUUACUGGUAUUUAUAGACACUUUUUCUGGGUGGGCAGAAGCCUACCCUACUAAACAUGAGACUGCCAGAGUUGUCACCAAGAAACUUUUAGAAGAAAUCUUCCCUAGGUAUGGAAUGCCGCAAGUACUGGGCUCUGACAACGGGCCUGCCUUCGUCUCCCAGGUAAGUCAGUCAGUGGCCACAUUGUUGGGGAUUGAUUGGAAAUUACAUUGUGCAUACCGCCCCCAGAGCUCAGGGCAGGUAGAACGUAUGAAUAGAACUAUUAAGGAGACUUUAACCAAAUUAACGCUUGCAACUGGCGCUAAGGACUGGGUAUCCCUCCUUCCCCUAGCGUUGUAUAGGGCUCGAAACACUCCGGGCCCCCAUGGGCUCACUCCUUUUGAGAUCUUGUAUGGCGCCCCGCCACCAGCUGCCCAUUUCUUUGACUCUGGAAUAGCCUCCUUUGCUGAUACCCCCUCUCUUCAAGCUCAUUUGCAGGCUCUACAGCUUGUGCAACGGGAGGUUUGGAAGCCUCUGGCGGCCGCGUAUCGAGAGCAGCUAAGUCAACCUGCGGUCCCGCACAAAUUCCAGAUUGGAGACGUGGUUUGGGUACGGCGACACCAGACAAGGAACCUGGAACCACGCUGGAAAGGACCUUACACUGUUCUGCUGACGACACCCACAGCUCUGAAAGUAGACGGCAUCUCCGCCUGGGUCCACGCCUCCCACGUCAAGGCCGCCACCCCUGAGCAGCCGCCUGACGCCUCAGACUCGGGAACCCGAUGGAAACUCCACCGCACUCAAAAUCCUCUCAAGAUAAGACUGACUCGGGGGGGGGGAACCCUAAUAGUCUUGCUUCUUACCCUGAGUAUUACAACAACCCAGGCCUCUUCCCCGCACCAGAUUUUUAACUAUACCUGGAUUAUCGAAAAUCAAGCUGGGGACAUUGUUAACACCAGUUCCCAGGUUGGAGCCCAACCCCACUGGCCCAGUCUGGAGGUAGAUCUCUGUGCUCUUGCUCUAGGGGCCAGCCCCGACUGGGGAACCCCCGAGGUCGUGUACACUCCGGGGUCAAGCGCCCCCCAGCUAGAGGGCCGUCGCCCCAUAGUUCCGGGCUGUCGCAACGGGAUUGAGAGAGCAGACCUACAUGGCCAGGCAGGGAUCUAUGUCUGUCCGGGAAGCCAUAGGAACAAAAACCUCAACUACAAAUGUGGGUGGGCAAAUGACUACUUUUGUGCCUCUUGGUCCUGUGAAACUACGGGAGACACCUACUGGGCUCCCUCCUCCAAUUGGGAUUAUAUAACUGUUAAGAGAAAAGAUCGCCAGCCAGGGGCGACCCCCAACUAUAUCCCAGAUCAAUUAAAGACAAAAUGUGCCACCAGUAGCACUACAAAGGGGUGGUGUAAUCCCCUGCUCAUUCAGUUCACUGAGCAGGGAAAGAAAGCGCCCUGGACAACUAGCACCAGGGGUUUUGAAUGGGGCAUCAGGCUUUAUAUGCACGGAUGGGAUAUGGGCCUUACCUUUAAACUCAAACUUAAAAAGACCUCACCCACAACUGCCUCUGUGGGACCCAACCCAGUCUUACAGGAGCUCUCUCUACCACGACCUCCACCCCGGCCAACAUCACCCCCAAGUACUUCCGUUUCUUCCCCCAGCUCCGCUCGGUUAAUUACAGGCCCCACGAUGCAACCUCAGGGACCUGGGUCAGGAGGUAGGCUCCUCGAUUUAAUAGCAGGAGCCUACCAGGUGCUAAACCGCUCCGAUCCCCACCUGACUCAAGAAUGUUGGUUAUGCCUGGUUUCUACCCCACCCUAUUAUGAGGGAUUAGCUAUAAUGGGCAAUUUCUCUAAUCAUACCACACCGCCAGCAACUUGCUAUCCCUCUGUGCAGCAUAAGCUAACCCUGUCAGAGGUAUCCGGGCAAGGACUUUGUGUAGGGGCCAUACCUGCUGCCAGUCAGCCACUUUGUAAUUCCACUGCCCCUCUUACCUCAGGAAGUUAUUACCUGGCUGCCCCCAAUAAUACCUUGUGGGCCUGCAACACUGGCCUGACCCCUUGUAUAUCAGCCCAAGGCUGGAAUGAUAGUUCUGAAUUUUGUAUUUUAAUCGAACUAUGGCCUAAAAUAGUUUACCAUGAACCAGAAGAAGUUUAUAGGCACUUUGAAAAAGGGACUCGAUACCCUAGAGAACCUUUGUCUCUAACCCUGGCAAUAAUGCUGGGGGGACUAACGGUUGGGGGCAUAGCCACAGGGAUUGGGACUGGGGCCACCGCCCUAUCAGCAACCCAUCAGUUCCUACAACUUCAACAAGCUAUGCAUGCCGAUCUACAGGCGUUAGAAGAAUCAGUAAGUGCCUUGGAGAAAUCCUUGACCUCACUGUCUGAGGUAGUUCUACAGAACCGUAGAGGGCUAGAUAUCCUCUUUUUGCAAGAGGGAGGACUAUGUGCGGCUCUAAAAGAGGAGUGCUGUUUCUAUGCCGAUCACACCGGACUAGUCAGAGACAAUAUGGCCAAACUUAGAGAGAGACUUAAUCAGAGAGAAAAGCUCUUCAAUGAAAGACAAAGUUGGUAUGAAAGCUGGUUCAAUAAGGCCCCCUGGUUCACCACUCUUGUUUCCUCUCUCAUGGGCCCCUUAAUUAUAAUUCUUUUAAUUCUACUUUUCGGGCCUUGCAUUCUAAAUAGGUUAGUUCAGUUUAUGAAGGACCGGCUCUCCGUCAUACAGACGUUAGUGCUAACCCAGCAGUAUCAUCAACUCAAGCAGCUGGAGACGGAGAUUGACUCUCCCUAGACCCGCAGAAUGAAGGAUUCCAUUCUAAGCUAGAAGAAAAAUGGGGGAAUGAAAGAAUAAAGUCCUAGCAUAAUACGUGACCCUGCUCACAAUCUGCCUUCCCGCCUUUCCGGUUCUGAAUACGUGACCCUGCUCACAAUCUGCCUUCCCGCCUUCCCGGUUCCGAAUACGUGACCCUGCUCACAAUCUGCCUUCCCGCCUUUCCGGUUCUGAAUACGUGACCCUGCUCACAAUCUGCCUUCCCGCCUUCCCUGUUCUGGGUACGUGACUUAACUACGGCUUUGUUCAAACCACCCAAUCAGACCCCUGUAACUAUGCUUCUCGCUUCUGUAACCGCGCUUCCUGCUCCCGAGCCCUAUAAAAACCUGUCACCCCAACCGAGGCGCGCGCAAGUCCUCCGAUAGGCUUGGUCGCCCCGGGUA